AUGCGACCAGUGACAGCAGCAACAAGAGCACUUAUCGAUGGCACUACUGAAUCGUCUGAGUCAUCUCUAGACGCAUCCACAAGCUCAACUACUAAUAACUUUCACACUGCAAAAACUACGAAUGCAAGUUCAACUGGCAGCAGUAUAAGUUGCGCUGGUGGUCGAUUUGAAACGGCACGAUCGCAGAGUGCCCCGAAUGGAAUUCCGUUGCUGCCAAGCAGUUGCUGCCCACCUCCGAUCAGCUCAGUGCCAACGUCCACCACCUCAAACCACCCGAAAUCACAACGCACUCUGUCAACUCAACAACCGAGUUGGUUCGCUGGACUACGUUCGAGAAUCUCGCAGUUAAGUAUGCCUGAAUGGUUGAGUCAGUUGGGUAUUGGUGUGUCAUCAUCAGCAGCAAUGUCGAAGCAGCCAUCAGCAAAUAGUAAUGAUGCGAGUAAUAGUAAUGCCGCUAACAAAUCUAUCAACUCUCCUAUUCGAACCAAAUCUGCUGCUGUGACUUCAAAAUCUGGCAAACUAGCAGCAAAAAUAUCAACUGAUCAAUCGACGUUCACAAAAAAUGCAAACGGAUUUGGUUCGGUGUACGAUAGAGAAAUGAAUUUGAAGGCAUUAACACCGCUACUCGAGAAUACGAUGAUCAGUGGAGUGGAUUAUGUGAAUGAGUCGUAUAUGUUCCCAGUAGAUUAUCAUUUUCAUACGUUAAAUGGUGGUGUGCCACCUGCGAAUGCGGCUGCUGCUACUGCUACUGCUGCUGCUGGACUAGCACAACCAGAACUAGCUGCAAUUAUUCCGCUUGAGAAUGCUGAUGGAGGCAACAAGUGUGAUGUGGACAGUUUCGCAUGGGAUUGGACGUUGGAUUCAUCGUUAUGGAAUACGAUAAACGGUGAAUACGCGAACGAUACACUUGUUGUACAGCAUUUUGGACCACUAAAAAACCUGUUGAAUUGCUGUCAGCAUCCUGGGAAAGGACAUAAUUUUCAAUCAAUGUCAAUGGCACAUCCAACGUGGUGUGACAAAUGUGGUGAUUUUAUGUGGGGAUUUUUAACGACUGCAGUGAAAUGUGACAGUUGUAAUUACACGUGUCAUGCGAGAUGUCGUGCGUUGGUGACGUUGGAUUGCAAGACGGUUGACAGUAGCUUAAAGCAUUCUCCUGAAGAAGCAGCUGCAGCAGCAGUAGCUGUAGCAACAGACGUGCUCGAGUCGGCGACUGAUUCGGCCGUAGCAAUCACUGCGCCUGUUGUUAAUCUCUAUCCGGAUAUACGACUGAUGGCGUUGAGAGAUUCAGAUAUAUCGUCUGCUGAACAUAACACUAAGCCGACAGUGCUCGAAGCACUAAUGGAAAGUUCAACGAAGACGACGACGACAGUGGAGGAGGAGGAAGAAGGCCACGAGAAAGAGAAUGAUAUGACCACUGGAUCGGUUCAAAUUCAUAUGAAUUUCACUCGACCGAUUAAUGUGGUGGCCGGUCAAACACCGCCGUCGUUUGUCGAUAUCGUUAACGGUUCAGACACAGCAACAGCAAACACAAUACGUACAAUAACCACUUUCUUCCUUCCUCGCAAUACCGUUAAAACGGUGAAUAUUAGCAGUCGAAUGACUACCAGAGAAAUGAUCGUAAUAUUACUGCGUAAAUUCCGAGUGGCGGAUAACCCUCGUAAAUUCGCUCUCUAUGAAUAUACAGCCACGAGUACAAAUGCGGUGGCUGCAGGUGAUAAUUCGGGUGCUGCUGAUUAUACUUGUGAUAAUUACAGAUAUAACUUUCAACGAGUUCCUGAUGAUGCCUAUCCGUUACGUGUUGUGAAUGAAUGGAAGAGGAAUGCCACGAACGGUCAACAUAAGCAUUUGGUGUUGCAAGAGAAUGAUACUGGUGAUAUCCUUUGGGAUAUGUUCGAAGUACCAGAAUUGGAGAAUUUUUUGAAAAUAUUGGAUGAUGAAGAACGACAGUAUUCGUUUCGAAUACGCCAAAAAUAUGACACAUACAGGUGA